GGCGCGAAUCAGUCGCGAACGAACUUACAGCGCGCGCGUUCGCUUAUCAAACUGAUAAGAGUUAGUGAAAAAUUUCAGUUCGAACUCGAUAACCGAGGUGGAAACAUUCAAAGGAGGUUUUGUGUCCAAAAUGACGACGAACAGUUCAGAAGUCGGAAUGAAGUGCAUAAAAUAUAUGCUGUUGUGCAUAACAGCUAUAUUUGUGCUAACUUCAGCCCUAAUAAUCUCAGUGGGCACCACAAUCUACGCGAUCUACCAUGACGUGUCCUUCUUCCUGGACGACAAGUUCUUCUCCCCGGCGACGUUCGUCAUCGCGAUUGGAGUCAUUAUGCUGUUCGUGUCUCUCUUCGGCUGCAUCGGAGCCCUGAAGGAGAGCACCUGCCUUGUCAAUAUUUUCGCAGUCAUCCUCAGUCUGGUGUUCGUCCUGGAGAUCGCAGCCGCCAUCGCAGCGUACAGCCUCCGCUCCCAGCUGGCCAGCAUCCUGGACGAGAAGCUGAGGGUCACACUGCCUUAUUACUAUGAGAACGAUGAAGUCCACGGAGCUUUUGACUUCAUUCAGAGCAGGCUGAACUGCUGCGGCGUGGACAGCUACAUGGACUGGGCCGUGGUACCUCCCCCAGCUGGCGUCCAAGGCAUCACCGUCAGCAACGUCACCGUCCCCAACUCAUGCUGCGCCGAGUCUAAAUACGAAGUCAUUGGGGACGUGGAGAUCGAUGAGUGCACUAAGAUGUACGCCAAUGGAUGUCUGCCCAGAGUCUUCUAUUUGGUCUACCAGAGCGCUGGUCUUCUGGGCGCUGGUGCUAUGACCAUUGCUUUUAUUCAGAUAAUCGGCAUCGUGUUCUCAUUCUCGCUGGCCAGCUCUAUCCGCAAAGCCAAGUCCGAGCGAGAACGCAGACGUUGGGAGAUCCAAGAACGCGUGAUCAAUGCGUACACCUCCUUGAACCCCAACGAUGAAAAGAAAGCACCAGUUGUCUAUGUCCCCUUCCACGGACAAACUACCGCCUAAGAGGCUGAAUGAACGCGAUGCCUUGAUCCUAGUUCUACAAAUAUAAAAAGGUUUAUAGAACCAAUUAAAUGUGAUAGCACUGCUAAUUAAUUAAAUAAACAACGCUAAGUCAAUUGUAGAGUGUAACUGUAAUAAUAUUUGUAGAACCAGGAUUUUCGUUUUUAAUUUUAAGGUCAAACAUAUUUUCCAAACACGAAAAAAUCGUGCUUUAAUUUGGCGCGAACCACAUCAUUGGAUUGUGAAUAGGUAUA